GCGUUCAAAACACAACAACGUUGUACACCCGUAGUUGAUUUUAUACUUUACAAAUAAUUAAAGGUAAUUGUGAUUUGCAGAUUUCUUUUUCUAGAAAAUGUCAACAGAUUUAACAGACGUUCUUCGAGAGCGUAACAAAUAUUUGUUGGAGCAGCUCAGGGAGCAAAGAGAGAAACUCGAGCGGGUGAGCGGCUGCAGCUUGAGCCGCAAGAGGGGGAGAGAGGCCGAGGAAGAAGAGAAGGAGGAGAGGAGGCAAUCCGAAGUUAUGGUAACUCUAACGGAGGGACAUCGAGGUCCUGCAAGGGCAGCCCUGGCCAAACCUUCAGUCAGAUUUGCUGAUACUCAAAAGACUCACAAAGACUCCCCCUGGAAGUUCUCCAGUUCUUUAGGGACCCCCAAACACAGUUUACCUGCUGAACCUACAAUACUGUCAGGCAGCCACCAAAACUCUCAGGACUAUUCCACUCUAUCAGACCCCGGGUCACUGAGAAUGCAGUUUUCCCAAGUUAGGCCCAAUAAAGUUGAGACGGAGAUAAAAAGUCAAGUCAAGAUUUUUCAGCCAGAAGAAUCUGAAAGCAAACCUGCGUCAGACAGACGUCAUGUGCAGCCUUUGCUUGGAUAUGAUUGGAUAGCAGGGGUUCUGGAUACCGAGAACUCCUUGUUAGAACACUCUGAUGAGUUCUUCAAUGAUCUCUGCAUGUUUCGAUCGGCCAAUAAAGACGAGUGUGUUCACUCUGGGGCAGCAAAGUCUUUAGACAGAAGCCAUCUUUCCCGAACACUCCUGAUAGAUGACAGCGAAGAAGGAAACACAGACACUCAUCAGUGUACAUUCUCCUACCGGAUCAACAGCAGGUUGUUUCCUGUCCCAAUUCACUUUCAGGAAUGCUGCCCAGUGUGCAAAAGACACAAAUCUUCCUACCCUCACACUGCAGCUGAACCGGCUCUGAUCAGGGUUAGCCUUCCUCGUGCCAACAUCCUGCCAUCUUACAAGUACAAAGCUCAUCGUCGAAGCAGCUUCGAUCCUUCAGACAGUUUGGGAUUACCUUCACAUUGCCUCUCAGGAUGGUCUAAUAGAGGUCAGAACAUCCUGCCUCCGGCCAGAAGCCUUGACCUGCGGAGCAGCAUUAAGACGAAGAAUGCUAGUAGCCCCCUGAGCCAGCAACUGGAGAAAUUAUCUUCAUCUAGAGGAAGUGAAAACCUUGAGACCCCUGCUGUGUGUCGCUUGGCAAAUUUCAACUUUCAACAUUUCUCUCCAAAAAGAAACCCAAGAGCCUCUUUUUUCCCCGUGGGCUGAUGAGUCAUUUCUGGAUUUUCAAGGGAUCAAAAUCUGAGAAGCAAAACUGGCUACAUUUACAUUUCUAGUGCAACAUCGUCUGUCUCUGCCAGACGUCCUUCAUGUACUUUGUUUUUGUUCUUUUUCAAACAGGGCACUGAACUAAAGUGCAUCAGGUGUUGUAAAUGUACUGGAACAUAAGUUAGCUCUAAACUUUGAGACUUAAAUCA